GUAGCGUGCUUUCAGAUGACGAUACGUCGAGGUUGUCUGGACAUGUGUGGGCUUUGUGCUGGAUAGGAAGAAGUAGAAAGAGCUGGUGCACGCACAGGACGACAUUGUGUUCCCGGGGACAUACGCAUCGAGAAGUUUUCAAGCGUUCCAAGAAGUAUGAAGUACAUUUUAGUCACAGGUGGAGUUAUUAGUGGCGUUGGCAAGGGUGUCAUCGCCAGCUCGUUCGGCACUAUCCUCAAGCACUGCAACAUCCAUGUGACGUCCAUCAAAAUCGAUCCUUACAUUAACAUAGACGCCGGCACCUUCUCCCCGUAUGAACAUGGAGAAGUUUAUGUACUCGAUGAUGGUGGAGAAGUGGAUCUUGAUCUGGGCAAUUACGAGCGCUUUUUAGACAUUACUCUUCAUAGUGAUAAUAACAUAACAACAGGAAAAAUUUAUCAAUAUGUUAUUACAAAAGAGAGACGUGGAGAUUACUUAGGGAAGACUGUACAAGUGGUACCUCAUAUCACUGAUGCUAUCCAGGAAUGGGUAGAGAAAGUUGCAAAUCAGUCUGUAACAGAGGAUGGAUCUAUACCAGAGGUUUGUAUAGUGGAAUUAGGCGGCACAAUAGGUGACAUCGAAGGAAUGCCGUUUGUAGAAGCAUUUAGACAAUUUCAAUUUAGAGUAAAAAAAGAGAACUUCUGUGUUGCUCAUGUGUCAUUGGUGCCACAGCCAAGAUCAACUGGUGAGCACAAAACAAAACCGACACAAUCUAGCGUGAGAGAGCUACGUGGAUUAGGUUUGUCUCCUGACCUCAUAGUCUGUAGAUCAGAAAUGCCUAUUGGCGACUCUGCCAAAGAAAAAAUCUCCAACUUUUGCCAUGUAGCUCCAGAGCAGGUUAUAACUAUACAUGACUUGACGUCCAUAUAUCGAGUGCCGCUUCUUAUGGAACAUCAAGGUGUCAUAGAAUUUCUGAAUGACCGAUUACAGCUACAAAUAGGAAUGCCGCGUCCGCGUUGCUUUAUGAGGAAAUGGCGAGACUUAGCGGAACGCGUAGAUCAUCUGCGUAAAGAUGUUAAUAUUGCUCUGGUCGGCAAAUAUACAAAACUUGAAGACUCUUAUGCGUCUGUUACGAAAGCGUUGCAACACGCUGCUAUUGAAGCCGGAUAUAAAUUGAACUUGACUUUUAUAGAAGCUGCUAAUCUAGAACAGGCCACAAAAACAGAAGUUCCGGUUUUAUAUCAUGAGGCUUGGCAACAACUUUGUAGAAGCAACGGCGUCAUUGUACCAGGUGGUUUUGGAAAAAGAGGAAUGGAGGGAAAAAUGGAGGCGUGCAAAUGGUGCAGAAUGAACGACAAACCAUUCCUUGGUAUUUGCCUGGGUCUACAAGCGGCAGUUAUUGAAUUUGCGCGAAAUGUAUUAAAUCUCGAGAUGGCAAAUACAACAGAAAUCGAUCUGAGUACCGCUCAUCCUCUGGUGAUAGACAUGCCAGAGCAUAAUCCAGGACAAAUGGGGGGAACAAUGAGGCUCGGGAAAAGACAGACACAAUUUAUCAACAAUAACUCUAUUUUAAAAAAAUUAUACGAUAAUAAAGAUACAAUAGAAGAAAGGCAUAGGCAUAGAUAUGAAAUAAAUCCGGACUACAUUGCCGACUUAGAAGCAGCUGGUUUAAAAUUUGUAGGUCGCGACGAUCAGAACAUACGAAUGGAAAUUGCUGAAUUGGAAGGACACAGUUACUAUGUAGCCACACAGUUCCACCCGGAAUAUUUGUCGAGGCCAUUAAAACCCUCGCCGCCAUUCCUCGGCUUAAUUUUAGCUAGCGUGGGUAAAUUAAAGUAUUAUCUUGCGCGAGGAUGCAAAUUUUCACCUCGCCAAUUGAGCGACAACGAGUCAGACGAAGAAUAUACGCAAGAAAGAAUAACGAAAAUACAACUAUCCAAUGGUGUAAGUAGAAGCGGCAGUAGUACGUCGGGCGUCAAUGAUUAGGAUGCAGCUUUCCAAAUUUUAUUAGCAAUUUUUAGCAGACUAGCAGUUUCUAGCAGAUUUCUGACUAGUCUUCGAAACUGCGUUUCAAUAUUUUACGAAAGGUUCUAAAGUUAACUGGAAAGUUACUGCAGUGCGAUUAUGUAACUCGUUAAAUGCAGUUAACGACAGUUUCAUUGUCGUUGCGCAGCUUUUUUUAUACCGUAGAAAAGCUGCGCAACGAUACGACAUCUAUCGUUAACUGCAUUUAACGAGUUAUAUAAUUGCACUACUAGGGAGUUAAAUAAAACCCUAUUUCCGGAAAAUGAAUUUGCGCGGUGAAGUUUUACGCCGCAUAAAUAGACUCAUAGUAACAUAGAUAAUUCAAAUUUUUAUCCUCGUUGAGAGAGUAACACGCAUAGCUUCCUUCUUUUGUAAUUUUAACGAUUUUACCAAUUUAUUACCUAUAUGAACGAAGUACCCAAAUGGUCUCGAAUUUUUUUAAUAAUACGUUUUUAUAUGGUACCCUAGUAGCAUGAUAAUUUUACAUACGUUUUCUAAACGUAUUUAUCUUAAUAAAUCUUUCGGAAAUUUUUGUAAAUGUUACGUACUAUCUCAGGUAAAACAGAUAGUCCAAAUAAUGUCAAUCUGAUGUCACUUUGACCAAAAAGUGACGUAAAUUUAUUCAACAUUUGGUCAAAAUAACGUCAAUCUGACGUUAUUUUGACUAUCUGUUAUACCUGGGACCUGAUUAAUCUCAUUUUUAUCAGUUAUAAUCGGGCGUGUAUAAUAAUAUAUAUCAGGCGUGUAUGAUAAAACCAAAGAGAAAUCUGAGAACGGCCACGCCAUAUGUUUUUGUCGACACCGAUUUUCACGCUGUUCGAUGCACCAUCUGCACUCAUUUUUGAGGUUGAACUACAUUCCCUACGCUCAUUUUCAGACAUUGGUAAAGUGUCGAUUUGUUGUGUGUCCAUUCUACGCCCAUUUUCUGGCGAUUCAUGUCCAUGCUAAGCGCAUAAUUGUAUAGUUAAGAACAUGGAUAGUUUAUGUUUUUAACCACGCAAUUAUGCGCUUAACACGGACACGAAUCGCCAGAAAAUAGGCGUAGAAUGGACACACAACAAAUCGAAACUUUACCGACAAUGUCUGAAAAUAGGCGUAAGGAACGUACCUCAAAAAUGGAUGCAGAUGGCGCAUCAAACAGCGUGAAAAUCGGUGUCGGCCAAAACGUAUAGCGUGGUCGCUCUCAGGUUUCUCUCUGAUAAAACAUAUUAAUUGAAUUAGAUGUGUAAACUAUUGUAGGUUUUACAUAUUUUAAUAAAAAUUAAGUUUCGCCAAGUUUUUCUGUAUAUGUAUGUACACAAUGUGUCGAAGAACCACAUUCCCUUUUAGUUACUAACAACAAAAAGAACAAAAUAAUAUGAAAAUACAAUUUUUAAUUAUACCGCUUAGAAUAAGAAGCUACAAUUGUAAAACUUUAAAUAAAAACAUUUUUGUAAUCAUAAAA